CCGGGCGGGAAGUUGAGGGGAGGCCCGGCCGGGCUGGGCAGAGCGAGCGAGAACCGGCUGUGGCGGUGGAACGAGCCGAAGAGCCCGAGAAGGAGAAGGGCAGCGAUAAAGGAGAGGAAGAAAAUCUCAGAAGCAAAGGGAUGAAAUCAGUUCCAUCUUUGUGAUCAAAAGCCCUGCACAGUGGGAUUAUAUUAGGACACAGAGACUAAACAAAUGGAAAAAGUCACUCAUCUGGAAGCUCUGCUGUUUGCUGCUGUGCUGGAGAACUGUGUUGAUCAGCUUGAAAUUCUUGGGUAUAUCAUGCCAAUUUCAGACGAGGACAAGACAGACCUCAGCCAUACUGGCAUCCAGGAAAUGAAAGAAAUCACAGAGACCCAGAAGGAGCUGGACAUUAAUGACCCAGAGCUUAUGUCAGCAAGGCAAGAGAGUGAGGAAACAGUUACCUCCAUGGCCCUGAAAAACACUGAACCCAAGCAGCAGAUGGGGCAAACUGAAGAUGGGAAAAGCACCCAUCAGCCUUCCAAAAGGGACAGGAAACACAGCGCUGUGACUGCAGAGAAGCUCAGAAAAAUUGAAGCUGACAGGCAGUAUGCAAGUGAUGUAAUUGCUGUCACUAUGAAAAAGAUGCAGGAAUCGGGAAUAUUUAAUAGCCUAACAGAAGCUAAUGAGAGAGAGAAGGAAGAAAAGAGCAAGUUUUAUGACGUCCUCAUCAGGGAGGAGGAAGGAAAGAAGGAGAUAAAGUCACUCCAGAAACAGCUGCAAGAUGUCAAGAGACAAACUGCAAAAGACCUUCAGAACCGAGACAAGAUCAUUGAUCGCCUCAAAGACAAACUCCAAGAGAAGACGGCCAAACUGGACACAGAAAGCUCCUACAUGAAGAAAGACACAGACCUCCAGAUCCACCAAACCCAGAGGAAAUGCAGCAAGGAAGAGAAUGCCCUGAACAACGAAAUCCAGAACUUGAAGAACAAAACUGAUGAGGAGAUUCAGCUCCACACAGAGACAGAAAAUUUCCUCAGGCAAGAGUAUCAGAAGGUGGAAGAGAAGCUGGAAUACUGGAUGCAGAAGUAUGAAAAUGACACUGACGCGAAAGAAGUAGAACUGGAUGACUUAAGAGCGUUGAAGGCAGAGAACUUGGAAACAAUGCAGAAAUUUGCCAAGGAGUGCCUGAUGUUCGAGGAAAACAUCAUCACUGACCGGACAGAAAAGAAGGAUAGAAAAAAACAACGAGAGCAGGAUGCCCUGGAGCUGAAGAGUGCCCUGAAGGUGCAGGCCUGGUGGAAAGGCACGAUGGUCCGCAGAUUCCUUGGCCCUUACCAGGCCCUCGAGAAGCUUCUGAAGGAACAGGCAGCAGUGCAGACAGAAACAGGGAAGGAAAAGAAAAAGUAAAGAAAGUAAAGAAAGUGCCCACAGAUGUGCUCCAGGUCUGUUGCUGGGCAGAGCACUGCAGUCUGUCUGACAGGACAAAAUAAACCAUAUAACAGAGUUCGGGCAA